CACCCAUCAAGCUGCCAGCUGGAUAGGCCAGUGGCCUGUUUACUUCAACAGAGACGCUGCACCCAACAGGCCUGCUGGGAGUGAGGAAACAAACACUGAGGCCUGUUUCCAAGGAGCUGCCGAAGGGCAGGUGCUCAUUCCUUAAGAUUAAUCACCACAUCCACUGGAAAGAAGAAAGGUGGGAUGGGAGAGGUUAAAGUCAUAUUCCCGCUUUGCUAAGGCCCACCUUCCACCACAGGGUCAGACCACCCUAUUUCACCCACAACGCACAUCUAAGCCUACAGCACAUGUGAUGAAAUACAGCCACCCACAUACCAUCUGCUGGUAUGUGUCAAGGAUGCAUAUAUCUGAAUUGGUCUUUUAAAAAUAUUUAUCAGUGAAUGCUAUCCCCUGACCACCCCCUCCCCUCCUUGUGAGGCUUUCAGGAUGAAAUGCGCUCAGAAGAACCAACAGGAGAGAGUAGUGGGCCUGAGGAUGGGAAAACGUCGGGGUCAUUCCCGGUGGGAACCAGGACUAAUGCACUGAGAAUGAGAAUGCACUGACCUCUGCAGGGUGCCGCAUUACAGGGGGGGAGUGGAGAAAUCGGACCGCAAGCCACCCAGUGAUCAAAGGUUUGGAAAAGGAAGUGGGAAUGAUUCCAAGGGGGAUUGGUGGAGGGGGAGAGCUCAAUUAUUUCCAAGUACUGGGAGCUCCAGGAGCACAGAAGCCUAAGCAGCAGGAGGAGGGGGUAUGGGGGAGGGGCGAGAAUGAGAGUCUGGAAAGUGAGAGUUGACUUGGGCCAAAGAGCACGGGUGUGGGGGAGGCUCAGAUCGGUUCCGGUCUCUCCAUGUGACUGGUGGGAUGUCCUUUUGUCCCUCUGGGUCUGUGUCCCGUCUCCACUGCCCAGCCAGGAGGGCAUGGCCCAACGGCUUCCCAGGGCCCUCGGCUUCUGCAGAGCCCCGGAGUCAUCCUGUUCCGGCAACGGAGCUCAACGACCGGCCCCCGGGGACCAGAGGAAGCUGUGAUCAAGGGGCCUGGGACCCCCUGGGCUUCUCGGGAAUGAGGGCCCUCGGCGUUCUCACGGUCUUCGCCUCCUGCUUGGUAGCCCUCACCCACAGCAGCUUCUGGCAGUUUCAGAGGAUGGUCAAGCACAUCACGGGGCGCAGUGCCUUCUUCUCCUAUUACGGAUACGGCUGUUACUGCGGGCUCGGGGGCAAAGGGACCCCCGUGGACGACACUGACAGGUGCUGCCUGGCGCAUGACUGCUGCUACGAGAGGCUGAAGCAGAUCGGCUGCCAGCCCCUGCUGAACAGCUACCAGUUCCACAUCGUCAACAGCACCGUGGUCUGUGAAUGCGGUCUGGGUCCCAGCGUCGGCUGCCUGUGUGGGCUGGGGGCCUGCGAGUGUGACAAGCAAUCCGCGUACUGCUUCAAAGAGAGCCUGCCCACCUACGAGAAGAACUUCAAGCAGUUCUUCCUGAGCCGGCCCCGGUGCGGCAGGAGUAAACUCCAGUGCUAGGGAGGCCACGGGCCCCUUCCGUUGGUCAGCAUCUGCCGCGGGAUCACUUCCGGGAAGCCCUCUCCCAUCACCCUGACCGGCUCCAGUUGGUUCAGCUCGCACUCUGGCAUCUGGCCGGAGCACCUCUCCAUCACUCAGCGUCGGGAGGGCUGAGGACCGGAGACAAACUCCUGGCAUCCUCUAAAGGGAGACAGGCCAUACGUGUCUCCAUACAUCAGGGACACAUUCCCAGAGGAGAAAGUGUUGGGAGGCAACAGGACAAGGUGACAGCGUGAGAGGGAUGUCCCCAGCCCCCGUCCCAGGAAGUUCCCAGGAGGAAGGGGCCCCAGGAUCUCCCCUGAACUCUCCCUCCUUCUCCCCCACCCCACCCCAGAGCAGGCUGCAGGGCGGACGUGGGAAUGGGCCCACCACCCAGAUCUGUGAGCAAGGCAGACACCCUGGAGAAUAGACACGGUCUUGGCACGCACGCCACGGACCCAAAGGGCACACUUGGAGUUUGUUUCUCAUGUGCUCAAGGUCCGCCUUCUGAAAACCCUUGGGCGGGAGAGAAUCGACGCCAUUGUCACCUCUCAGGAGGCAGGGCACGGGAACAUCGCCCACAGCCACGUAGAGGACGUGGCCAAGAAGGUGUGGAGGAAAUGGAGGAAGAGGGCGUGGCAGCGGGAAUUAGCGACAUCCAAAAUUUCCAUCCACACUUAGAAGCCCCUAGUUACAUCAGACGUAAAUUCUAUUAAAUAUUAAAGUGAUCUAAUCUGAGUGGACCCUGGUCUUUAUAAUGCCCGACUGGUAUGGUGGAUCGCAAAAGCAGCCACAGUUAUCCUUACUUCUCCGUACCCUCACCUCUCACGAUGUGACACCCAGCUUUCCCCAUCACGGGGCAGAGUGUUUUCCCCACCCUCUGAAUCUGGGCUAGGAACUGGCCUUGGGACCUGCGUUGUUCAGUAGGUUGUAGCAGUGGAAGGGAUGGUCUGUCCGUUCCCCAGUCUAGGCUUUAGGAGGGCUCGUGUGUCGGACUCUCUCUCUCGGGAUACCUGCCCCCACCGUGAGACAAAGGCGGGGGCCAGCAUGCUGGAGGGUGGGCGCCCACCUGGAUCACGGUAAGUCGGCCCAGUUGUCUCAGCGGAGACUCAGACAGGUGAGGAUGCUCAGCGAAGAUCAGCAACGCCAACUCGGAGCCGACCACAGCCACACGAGAGAACCUCGCUGAGACCGAACAACCGCCCGGCUGAGCCCAGACUAAACGGCCAUCCUGUGGGAUUGUGAGCUAAAUAGAGGCGGCUGCUGUAAGUCA